UGAGAUGAAAAGAGAAGUGGGCAAUUGAAACCCUAAUGAACCAAUACAACUACCGUCACCUCUCUAAACCACCGCCGCCGGCCCAACCACACCGUCUAUUCCCUCCCACCGCCAGAAUUCCAACCCAUUCUCAACUGUAAUUCUUCAGUUCAGCCUCAAAUUGAAGCUGGUUCAGAUUUAGUUGUUUAGAAUAUCUGCAAAUUUUUGAGAUACAAGUAUGAAUAACGAACCUCCUCCAAAGAGUACUAAAUCACUGAAGAGAAAACGGAAGUCGAUCAAGAAGAAGAAGAAGAAGGCAGAGGCGGCUAAAGAAAAUGAUAGUUUGAACAGUAACAUUGUUUGUGAGUCUGAAAACUCUAUCACAGAAGAUAGGUCAAAGGCUUUGCCAGUUCCUUCCAUUGGAAAAUCUGUUGGAUGUUUGAAGAAGAAGCUUCUUAUUCUUGAUAUUAAUGGGAUUCUUGUUGACGUAGUUUCACAUCCUUUCCCAAAGAAAAUAAAAAGAGAUGCAAUGAUAGCGAAGAAAGCAUUAUUCAAGAGGCCUUUUUGUAGUGAGUUUCUGAACUUUUGCUUCGAGAAAUUUGACGUGGCUGUGUGGUCUUCAAGAAUGGAGAAAAAUGUCAACAGUAUCAUUAAUCAUUUGUUGGGAAACAUGAGUCAGAGGUUGAUUUUCUGUUGGAACAUUUCACAAUGUACUAAGACAAAUAUCAAAGCUCUCGGAAACAAUCACAAGCUUGUUGUUUUUAAGGAUCUGAGGAGAAUUUGGGAUAAGUAUUAUCCUGAUCUUCCUUGGGAGAAGGGAUACUACAACGAAUCAAAUACACUGCUUUUAGACGACUCUCCCUACAAGGGUUUACUCAAUCCUCCGCACAAUUCAAUAUAUCCGCCAACAUUCAGUUGUCGACAACUUAAUGACAGCUCACUAGGUGUUGGAGGUCUCAUACGAAAUUAUCUGGAGCGAUUAGCGAAUGCUGAAAAUGUGUCGAAGUUUGUAGAGCAGAAUCCAUUUGGUCAAAAGCGAAUCAGUGAGACGAGUGAAUCUUGGAGCUUCUACUGCAAUAUACUUCAUAGGCUUCGACCUAAAAAUUGAAAAUCAGGUGCCCUCUCAACUGGAAUAUCAAUUUUGAAGAAUUUGAGACAGAAGGCUCUUUCUCUCUGACUCUAACUCUAGUCAAUAAUACAUAACUGUGUAUUUUUGUGCAUGAUUGCACUUAAGGACCCUCUUUUCAAUUUUAUCACUGUUGUAUUUUAACUAUGAUUUUCCUCCUUUUGGAUAAAUGUACUAGAGUUGAAGUAUUUAAAAAAAUAGUUCUUGUUAGUUAGAAUUUUGCUGAAAAAUGCAGAAGUGAGAAUCUAGAUUUGGUUGUGUGGUGC